AUGGGCGUUAUGAACGAUGGAUCAAGUUAAUAUGAGUUACUCAGGUGCAUUAAUGCAUGGCUCCAAUUUUGUAAGGAGUGAGGAAAUAGGAAAAAUCUUUAAAAAUUAAUUAAAAAUUAACAAAACACACUAUGAAUCUCAUUUUUGGAUGAGAUGUUGGAAAUCAAUGGCCGAUAUUUUUCAACUAUUUGGUUUCCAUGGAAACCGGUCACGUGACAAGAUAUAAGCGGUGAUAAUGGAAAUUAACUCAAGUUACUGUUUUAAAAUACGGCUUGCCGACACACUAAACAUUCGUAGAUAUGUACAAAAAUAUUAUCACGGAACCUUUUACUCUUAUACUGUAAUUAGAAACUUGAAGAUUUUGCCACAGAUAUGAAAAUAUUGCUAUGAAUAGAACAAUGCCUCGCACAAUGUCAAUAUGAUUUGCAAUAAAAUGAUCGUUCCAGAUUACAAUGCUUGCAAUUCUAAUUGUGGGACCAAAGUUGGCUGUACUCUGGACAAAAUCUGCGUAUUAACGACCCACAUUAACGUUGUCUUAUGUGUCGGCAAGUCCAACGCGUUUUUCGCGUGAUGAAUUCGCGCACGCCAUAAUCAUUAUAGGCCCCUGCCGUGAAACAAAAUAUGAAAUACAAAUACACAGACAAUGACUAACAAACUGCAACUAAUAGUACGUGGUGCAUUCAAAGGAUAUGCGAGUAACAGAAAGAAUAAUAUGCACAGAAGUACAAUAUGAUACAUAUGCUCGUUUAUAUAUUGAACAGAAUAUUCGACACAAGUCUGAGCCUUUGUAUCAAAGGAUAUUAUAUUUCAACAACAACAUUUUAUAUUGCGCCCUUAAGAGUUUUAAGAGAAAUAUGUCACACUAAAACGAGUAGUAAAACAUCACCACCCCAAGAAAGUUUGAACCAGCCAUAUGCUGGGUAAUUAUUUGUAUUUCAAAUAUUUUCUGUGCGUGGGAAACUAAAGAGAAAACACAAAUCAAUGUUGAAUAAUUCAGACAUAAAAACCCGCAAUAGCGAGCUUUAUAUAUUAAAGUUCAAAGGUCGCCGCAUAUCGCAUAUGAUAUAUUAUACUAUACAACGGCCAAUUGUACAAGAAAAACUAAUAAUUUACUAUCCCUGUAUAUAUAAUAUAUUUACUAUGGUUGCUACAAGCUAACAUGAUCCAACAGCUCAUAUUUAUUCAAUUUCAGUUUCAUUCGAACGCUAAAACACACUAAAAUAGCAACACGCUAUAUAUGUUUAAUCGCGUGCGCAACUCGCGCAGAGAUAUCAAGUCAAGUGUGGGCAGAGCCAAGUAAGAGCCAAGCAUUAAUCGGCCUGAGUACGGCGUACGUUUUGAGAUUUGUAGCCAACUUGAAAUUAAAGAAGCAUGAUUGCCCUAAAGAAUUGUCAGUUGAUGAAAUUGCAAAUGCUGAAACCUUUUGGUAUCGUCACAUUCAGAAAGAAGCCUUUCCCGAAGAGUAUGAAAGAUUAGCAUCAGGCAAGACGUUACAACGGAACAGUCGCAUUUUGAAGCUAGAUCCGUACUUUGAUAAGAACAGUCGUACCCUCAGAGUAGGUGGGAGGUUACAGUAUUCAGACUUACCCGAAGCCACUAAACAUCCAGUUAUUAUUCCACACGGACACCCUCUUACAGAGAAGAUCAUCCAGAAAAGACACCAGGAAUUACUCCAUGCCGGACCUGAAAUGACUCUUUCCGUUCUACGCCAGAGCAUCUGGUUGACCAAGGGAAGACGCGAAGUCAAGAGGAUUAUUGGUCGAUGCAUUACUUGUCAACGUCAAAGAAAAGGUCCUUUGACACAGAAAAUGGGUCCUUUGCCACACGAACGAGUUUCAUUUUCGCCACCAUUUACCCACGUAGGAGUAGACUUUGCAGGGCCGUUAUAUGUACGCGACAAGACACCAAAAAAGGCUUACGUGUGUAUCUUUACGUGUGCUUCUUCUCGCAUGGUGCACAUAGAACUGUUUAAAGAUAUGUCAACGAAUGAAUUCCUCCAAGCCUUAAGUCGUAUGAUCGGUAGGAGAGGACUUUGCGAAACUAUGUGGUCUGAUAAUGCCAAGACCUUUAAAUCUGCAGAGCAAAAGAUCCGAAAGCUUUAUUCGGCUCAGUCAUCCGAUACAAGUAAUUUAUGGAGUCACAUUAAUCAAGAUGAAGUUAUGGCUAAGCUUGCAAGCAAGGGAAUAAAAUGGAAAUUCAUUGUUGAGCGUGCUCCGUGGCAAGGCGGAUGGUGGGAGAAACUUGUACGUUCGGUGAAAGAACCUCUACGUAAAGUAUUGGGUAAAUCGCUUCUAUCGUUCACAGAACUUACGACAGUGUUGGUUAAAAUCGAAGCAGUUAUCAACAGCAGACCUCUUACCACCGUGAGUGAUGAUGUCAACGACGAUACACCUAUUAUACCUGCGCAUCUAGCGAUUGGAAGAUCACUGGUAAACCUACCGGAUGCGAUGGAAGAGAUCGAAUUAACAGACAGUAAGAGAAUUGUUCGGAGGUACUUGUAUCAACAAAAAUAGGUAAAACGUUGGCGAAAUGAAUAUUUACAUAAGCUAUCCGUUCGUCACAAAUGGACUAAUGAAGAGGCUUCAAUUAAGAUUGGUGAUGUUGUGCUGAUAUCUGAUGAUAGCGUGUCGCGAGGAAGAUGGCCUAUGGGGCGUGUUGAGCAAAUACAUCCAGGAAAUGAUGGUUUGAUUCGCGCAGUUACCUUGCGCGCGAGGAAGGGAACCUUACGAAGACCGGUGCAAAGAUUACAUCGCCUCGAAGUCACUGAAAAUAUGAACAUGAAUUCCAGUAAGGACGUUCCGCACUGCGUGGAGGUUAAUCUGAAGAAACGAGAAUCGCGUCGUCAGAAAGGAAAGACACUAAAAACAACUAAGAAAACGAACAGUGAUAUUAAAGUUCUCCAAGCACGUUGGAGAAGCGGGGAGGAUGUUCGGACCCAAACCUCUCGGUCAGGUCGG